AUGCCUACUCAAACUUUCUCUGCAAAAAUUGUAGAAUCUAAAUUGCCUCUUUUUUACAGAUUGAUGUACAGAGUGUCUAAGGGAAAUGACAAGCUUAUUUUUGGUGUGUACCGUGAUAAACUUGUUAUUACAAUAAAAACCAACACUUUUAAAAUUUUGAUUACUUUUAAACGCAAAUUAUUUGACAGUUUCCAUGUGAUUAGCCCGAGAAGUUAUACCAUAUUUGCAAGUAGCAUUCGGGAUGUAUUUUCUGGAAUGUCAGUGAAUUUGAGUUCCUUACGAAUUAUUAUUGAAGAAUCGGAUGAUCUUUCCGGAGAAGAAAAUAUGAUGAUAUUCGAAAUUUGUAGAAAAACGCGAUUAAUUCAAUCAAAAUAUAGUAUCUUUUGUAAUCAAAUAUCCGAAAUUGAGGAAGAAACUAAUACAGAAGCUUCAUUAGAGGAAAGAGAGGAGAAUCACUGGUCGAUUAAUUCUGUGAUAUUUAAUAAAGAUUAUUGGCCUUAUAAUUGCAAGAAUGAAAAUAUUAGAUUCUUAUUUGCAGAGGAAGCUUUAAGGAUCAUAAAUUCUAUAAAGUUAUCUGAUGGUAAGUUUUCAUCUGAAUCAAGGUACUCUAUACCAAGAUCACGAUUCGUGGAUUAUAAUAUCACUAAUCAAAUGGAUAUCAAAAUUAAUCGAAAAUCUUUUGAGAGAAUAAUGCAUCUCGUACUUUCAUUGAAAUGCAAUUUAAAUGCUCACUUUAGUGAUACAGAUACAGAUGAUCCAUAUCAACCUCAACCGUUUUAUUUAUGCGGCGAAGUUGAGAAAUAUAUCAAAAUUGAAGGAGAAAUUUUUGGAGAUCAUUUAAACCGUGGGAACGAUCCGGAAAGGCCACUCGAAUGGGAGAUUGAUUCUCUAUUGAAUAUACCAAAUCAAGUAAAUCAACAUUUAAAUAGUAGUACCGGAAUGGUAUAUCAAGUAGCAGAGGUAUUUCGCGAAGAUAACACAGAACUUUCAAAUUCUAAUACAUGUGUUAAUAUGUCAGGAGAAUCUUUUAAUGCUAACUCGAGAGAAAAUCACAUGUUGGACGAUAAUGUUAGUGACAAUUACCAUUCGAAUUAUAGUCAUACAAAUGCGAGCAUUAGUGCCACAGAAAUAAAUCCUAGUAUAUCUAAUUCGCUAAAUGAUAGUAGAAGCAAUUAUACGGGAACGUCCUCACACUCUUCCUCUAGCUCAUAUAUUCCUAUUCCACACGAUGAAGAAAUCUCGAGAAGAUUAGGCGUGAUUAAUUUUAAUGAUCAUCGGGUUAGCGGUGUGAAAAGGAGUUUUGGUGUGGCUGGUUUGGAUAAAGAAACCUUAUCAGAACAACCAUUAACAUCACUUUCAUUAACACAUGUAGAAUUUGAUCCAAAAGACCCGUUUUCUUAUGCCUUUGCAUAUGUGACAUUAUCUCCCUUGAUUAUAGUAAUUAGUUAUAUUAGUACUAUUAUUUCUAGAAGAGAAUUAAUGAUGAUUAAUAUGUUUUUGGGUCAAUUAACUUGUGAAAUAUUAAAUACUGGAUUGAAAAAAUGGAUAAAAGAAAAAAGACCUAGUGAUAAAAUUGGUGUAGGAUAUGGAAUGCCUUCUUCUCAUGCCCAAUUUAUCGCUUAUUUUACAAUUUUUUCUUGUAUUUAUUUAUGUUAUAAAAUCACCUUUCGUAAUAAUUUAUGGAAACUUCCACUAACUUUUGGGUUGAUUAUAUUUUCGUUUUUAGUUUCUUAUUCAAGGAUAUAUUUGCAUUAUCAUACAACGAAACAAGUUAUAGUAGGCAAUAUAUUUGGUGGGGCGUUUGCAAUAUUUUGGUACCUUUUGAUAGAAAAAAUAAUUAGACCUUUGGGUAUAUUUAAAACGAUUAUUUAUUCUCCUAUUGCUAAAUAUUUUUAUCUAAAAGAUAAUUCUUCUGCUAAAGAUAUCAUUAGAAUUGAGUAUAUGAAUUGGUUAGCUUUAAAUGAAGUAAAAGAAGAAUGA